CCUUAUCCCUGCAGCUGCAGGAGCUGCAGGAGCAGACCGGAGGGUGACCUGUGUCUCAGGCGGCCCAUGCCACCUCGGGAUCUCCGGGCAGGUGUCCCCCGGCCAGAUGUUGCAGUGGAAAGUCGGGGAGCUGAAGGUGAUGGUCGUGUACCCCUCGGCUCCUCCGGAAAUCCACCAGUCUUUGAGAGAACGGUUCCACAGCCAGCAGGACUCGGGGCUGCUCAUUGACCCCUGCAAGCCGGAGGACAGCGGCAUCUACACUCUGGUGGUCAGCCUGAACCAGCUGUUCCUCCGAAUCCAACUCCGGGUCAUUGAACCCGUAGCGCUGCCAGAAAUUGUGCUCAGUUUUUCUGAGGGAGGCUCCACUGCUAAACUCACCUGCCACGUGGCCAUGGGAACAGUGGAUAAGUAUAACUGGAAGAAGGAUGGGAAGCCCCUCUAUGCCGACGACCACCACCAGUUCUCUCAGAACAAGAGCGUGGUACAGAUUACUAACGUAACCCAAAUCGAUGAAGGCUCUUAUUCCUGUAAUGUCAGCAAUGAGAUCAACUGGAGCGAGACCACCCUUCAGUUACAAGCCCCAGGGCCGCAAGGUCAGAAGAGGAACAGAUGGAAUUUGCUAUGGAUUUUGAUCAUGAUGGUUCCAGUUGCAAUAGAAAUAUUAUACCUAAAGGAAGGCUAGAAGAAGAACAUGAAGAACCUGCCUGGGGCCAUCCUACUUUGCUCACCUCUCCUUUGUGACCACCCCCCGCCCCCCCAGUCAGGGCAUUACUGCUGUGUAGAUAACCCCAUUUAUUUAUAUUAAUGUCUAUCUCCGCCCCUAUACUCUAAACUCAUUGUGGGCAGGGAA